CUCUCCUCCGAGCUAUUAUCGGUGCACAACCUCCCCCUCGACCAGAUAACAUUCUGGUUCUUCAUCUGGAAUCUGACGAUCGUGGGGGUGCUGAUGAUCUUUGGGCGCGGGCCGCUGAGGGUGCAGCAGGGGUAUCUGGUCGGGAUUAGUAGUAUGAUGGCGUAUACGUUGACGAAGAUACCUGCGCUGACGACAUGGAUCCUGCUCGGCUUGCUAGCCAUCUGGGAUUUGAUAGCAGUCCUCUGCCCGUUCGGCCCCCUCCGGAUCCUCGUCGAGACCGCGCAGACGCAGGACCGCGAGAUCCCCGCGUUGCUGUACAGCGUGAUGGUGUGGAUGACCAUGGCGGGGCCGGGUGUGCCGCCUUCGUUGAGGGUCUCGCCUGCGGAGCCGAGAGAGGUGGAGGAGGAGGAUGAGGAUGAGGAAGCGGUCCGAGGCGGGUUGAAGUUGGGACUGGGCGAUUUCGUGUUUUAUAGCGUCCUUGUCGCUCGCGCAGCCCUCUUCGACCCCCUGACGACACUCACCUCGACCCUCGCGGUCCUCACCGGCCUCAACAUGACCAUCUUCCUCCUCGCGCUGUACCAAAAAGCGCUACCCGCACUGCCGAUUAGUAUUGCGUUUGGGAUCUUGUUUUAUUUUGUGAGCGCGGUGACGCUGGUGGGGUUUGUGGGCGGGUUGCUGAGGGUGGGUGCGAGGGUGCGUGCGGAGGGGCAGGAUGGUUGGCUGUGGGUGGGGAGGGGGGGCGGUGGGGGCAUGGUUUUUGUGUGA